CAUCUGACAUCUUCUGCGGAGGGUCUGGGUUUCUGUCUGGUUGUUUUUUUUUUUUGUUUUUUUUUUGUUUUUUGUUUUUUUGCGGGGGCGGUGCAGGCAGGCUGGGUUUCACUGCUUCUCUGACCUUCCACAGGUCUGCCUCUUGAGAGCCCAGAAUCUGAAGGGAACUACUGCGGGGUACCCACUGACAUCUUGGCCCCAGGAGGCUGGAGGCUAGAUCUCCUCGCAGUGGUCACCCUUUUUGCCCUGACAGUGGAUUAGUUUCUGACCUUUGACCUAGAGUUUCUCUGCCUACCCUGGUCCCUAAUCUCCACUCAGGCGUUCAGACCUCCUGCGGGUGACGAGGGGCUGCUGGGGGGAAGGCCCCCCUUCUCUCCGACCUGCCCUUCUUCCUGCAGACCCCACCUCGCAGCCAAGGGUAGGCUCAGAGCUGUGAGGACAAUUAGGGGAAGGCUGUGAAACGAUUGCUAUUUCGGGUAUCUACAGUUAUGUCUUCAGCUGACUAAUGAAGUGUCUGGGUCAGGCCCUGGGGAAGGACUGGGUCCCGUCCUUGGCUGGGGUCCUAUGAAGCUCUCAGUCCGGUGAACACAUAAGGGCCCUCGGGGUGUGAAUAUCCUGGUAAUUAUCUCUCCUGGAUAAAUGGACACCCUGGGGGCGGGGGGGAGGUUUCUACUGGAGGAGGCGGGGCUGAAGGUCAGACUUAACUAGGGUUAGGUGGGAGGGGGCAAAAGGGUAUCCCAAGAGGAGGGAACAGCAUAUGCAACGGUAAGAGGCUUGGACCGAGUGGAUGGGUACUGCUGGAUUCGGUGCACUGGAGGAGCCUUGGGGUGGUAAGGCUGGCGGGGGUUGAGGGCGCAGAUCAAGCUAGGCUAGAGGGUGUGGACUGGGUCCUGUUGGUGCCUGAAGUGUUUUAAGCAAGGCUCUAUUUGUUUUUUGGUCAGAAUAUACCAGCAGCUGCAUAAAGUAGUGAGAAAAGAGGAGAGCAGUUGUGUUGCAUCGCAGAUAUUUGAAGUAGUAGCAGCGCGGGGCUUGGGGGAGUGAAGGUGGGGGCAGUGUGAGCGCUUCUGUUUGCAGACUGAGAAAGUUUCACGUGCAGAUGGUUCUUUUAAGGCAGUUGGUGAAGGCAGAGAGCAACGCGAAGGUGCAGAGUGAUGCAGAAAAGACGGAGGAUUUGUCUUCGAUGUUUUUUUUUAUGGGUCAUAUUUGAGCUGGGGGGCAAAGAGAAACGGAUACUAGAGUUUUAAGUCUCGAUAAGGUCGAAUAUAUCCGUGUUUUAUGUUAUGCUUUCAAGUGGGGUCGUAUUGAAGAUUUUCCUUUCUGCAAUCCACCGUUCUUUUUUUAAAAAACGAUUUUAAAUGAGUAGUAUUAGAAAAUAUCUCAAAUGCAUCAAGCUCAGAAAAAAAGGAAAUUUGUGCUCAUCAUCGAGAUUGAAUAAAUGUUGAAAGUUUAUUUUAUUUGCCUCAGAUUUUCUAUAGAACUAAAACUCUCAUGAAUACCUAAAGCCUUUUUGCUCCCACCCUCUCAUAUCUUCCUUCUUCUCAUUCAAAGGUAACUUCUGAAAUGGCUGCGUAUCCUUUGAUGUUUUUAUUUACUUGCUACGUAUGAAUGAAGCCAUAAAUAAUACUUAAGAUUGUGUUGUAUGUUCAUGACCUUUGCCUAUAUUUCUUUUGGAUUAUUUUUUGCGUAUUUAUUUCUAGUGUAUAAUUUAGCUAGAAAUCCAUUUUGGCUUGUGGACAUGAUGAAAAUGUUGAAUGGAAUUUGAUUGGGCUUAGUAUCUCUUUGGUGGGUAUAUUUUUGAGUAUGGAUCCAUUUCACUUAAUGUUUAGUGGUUUAUUUGGUUUUCUCUUGCUUUGCUACUGUUGGUAAUUUAUUUUUUGGAAAGUUGUCCAAUUUAAUUUCAACUUUAUGACCUUAAAUGAUUUAUAGUAGUCUCAUCAUUAAAAGAAAUAUCUAUAAUGAUCUCAUUUUUCACGUCUCAAAAUUGUUUCUUUUUGCCUUAUCUUGUUUUUUUUUUUGACCAGUCCUGCCUGAAGUUAGUCUUUUUUAAUUAGUUUAAAAUACAAACCAAUUAUUUUAUGAGUUGUAACAAAUCCUUUCCAAGCAUUGAAUGUAGUUUUCUCUUUUUAAUUUUUUAUUUGGGCACAAUUUCAGAAUUAAAACUCCUGAUAGGAGAACAGUACAAAGACUUCGUAAAUAUCUUUCAUCUAAAUUCUGCAAAUAACAUUUUACCAUAUUUGUAUAGGCAGUUCCAGGAACUGGAGAGAUUUCAGGGCCAGCUAAAGAAAAAGAUGUAACCAUGAGGUCAUGGCGGGAUUAUUUCUGCUGCAUAUGGGGGCGGGGGGCCCCUUGCAGCAUGAGCUCACCCAGAGGCUGGGGCCCAGGGGCCACUUCCCAAAAGAUGGGAGGACAAAGGAACCUGGGGGUAUCUCUGUGUCAGAGCUGCUUGGGGUCUUUGUAGCCACAGAGUUUACUUUGUAGCUGCCAGAAACGGGUGCAGUUUCACAGGGUAGGUAAACAGGGAACUCCUAAGUGACUAACAAAUUGCUGAUGUUUGGACUGUGUUUAAAUCAUUCACUGGUGUUGCCAUUUGAGUUUGAGGCUGCUGGGCUUUUGCGCUGUGAAGAAGUAAACAACCCAGGGGCCACUCUGCAGAGGCCCCUUUUGGCUCAUUUAUGCAACAGUUUGCUUUAUCCUGCUUCUCCUUCCCACUCUAUACAUGGGGGGUGUGUGGGUGUAAGUAAAUACUUCAGUGUGCAUUUCCCAAAAACAAGGGCAUUCUGUCACACAACCACAGUAUAAUGAUCAAAAUCAGGAAAUAAACCUGGAUGCAGUACCAUUGUCGAACGCUCAGAUUUUACUAGAUGUCUCAAUAAUAUUUUUUCCAGCUAAAGGAAAUCUCAGACCAGGCAUGGCAUUUUUUUUCUCCGUCAUCUCUUUCAUCUCCUUUACUCUGGAACAGUUUCCCAGUCUUUCAUUAAUAACCUGGACAUUUUUGAAGAAUACAAGCCAGUUAUUAUUGAAUGUUCUUCCGUUUAGAUUUGUCUGAUAUUUUGUCAUGAUUAGAUUCAGGUAAUACAUUUGUGCCAGGAUUUUUUUUUCCUUGACUUGCUCAAGUAUUUCAUUUCUUCUUUUAAAAUUCCUGUUCAUACUUAAUCCUUUUAUGUCUUUCGAGAUGAUUCUUUUUCUGUUCUAGCCUCCAAUGCGUGUCAAUAAUUUCCAUUUUUAAUUUAAUGCCUAUCUCAAGGCUAUAAUUUUCCUUUAAGUAUGUGUUUGUAAAUAUCCACCAAUUUUGAUACGUAGUAUUUUUGCAGUCGUUACGAAUAUUUUUUCAUUCUUUUUAUUUUCUAAUUUAUUACUUUUUGGUUUAGAGAGUGGCAUCUAGGCAAAAUUGACUUUUAAAAGAUUCGUUGAGGUUUAUUUUUUAGCUUAUUUGUCAAUUCUUGUAACUGAGAUGAUGCACUUUAAAACGUAUAUUCUCUAACUUGAAUUCAUUCUUCUGUCUGAUAGGCAAGCUUUUAAAUUGUUUUUCACAUCUUGUAUAUUGUUACUCUUUUGUUGGUAUCCUAGAUCUUCGUUUUGAAAAAUAUAUACUAAGAUCUUUUUAUUGUGAUUGAGGAUUUGUCUGCUUCUCCCUGUAGUGUCCUGUUGGUGUUUAUGUGCAUUGGAGCUGCAUACGCAUCGUGUGCAUUUGCUAGGGGCGUCUGGUCAUUGUUUUGUUUCUUUCCAGUGGGUUGUUCUUUCUUGCUUUUUGUCUGUCUCCUAAUUUUUUAAAUGAAUGCCGGACAUUGUGUGUGGUGGAGCCUUCUGUCGGGGUGUUACUGUGUCCGGAGCUAGGCGGGCAGGAGGUUGGUGGAGACCAGACCCGAGUUGCGCAGGGCUGGCAUUUGCUGUUGCUAUGGUGACCGAGGGCCUCCGCAGGCUUUACAUCGCCCUGGGUUGCUCAGUGCGGAGCGGGCUGGUUGCUGGUCCCCCUCCCUCCUCAGCUGGUCUUCCCUGUGGACUCUCCUCCUGCCAGUGCUCCCGCCUGCUCCUGGGUGCUGGCCCGCCUGGCGGAGGAGGGGCAGGGCGCUCUUGAUGGCUCAGGCUUAGGAGGACUGUGGGGCCUUGUCCCGGGAUGCCCCAGGGGUAGGAGGCUCCAAAAGCCUGAGCCUGAUACCAUUGCCAUUUCCUUGAUCCCUGUCUCACCCUAACAAAGCAUGGGAAUGGCGGAUGUUUUAUACAUUUAUUACAGUGUUACAGUGAAAGUACAUUUUCAAAGAGGGAGAGAGAGAACGCCCGUGAGUGCAGGUUUAAAAAAAAAAAAAAAAAGAGCCGGACUCACUCUGCAAUAGCCUUCAUACCCCAGCGUGCGACGCCAGUGGAGACCCAAUUUGAUCUUCUGUUGGGUCUGAGGCAGGAUGCCUUAUUUGCAUGCGGAACAGGUUAUAUGGUGGCCUGGAGAGGAAUGGGUGACAUUCCUUCUCUAGAAGAGCGGGAGCAGCCCCGACCGGUCAAGGUGGGGGAAGGGGUGUUACAAGGAGACAUGGCCAGAGGCUCUGGGGUUUCAUUCCUUGAAGGGAACUUGAAGCCUGUAACAAGGCCAGGACCUGUGUCUGUCCCUCUCCUGUGGUGAAAGAGGUUUUUUUUCCCUUUUUCCUGCCACAAGCCGUAGGUCUCACAUGUGCUCUGGGAGCAGCAGGGUUUCGCUGCCCUUCUUCCAGCAACGUAGAGCUUUCGUUCCUCAGGAGAGAAAUUUCUGGAAGCAUGGGGCUUCCAGCAUUGGCAGCCACUCGCCUCCUUUAGGUCUUGGCUACCCAGGGAGUGUCCCUGUGGUCUCCAGGCCCCCUUCCCCCUUCUAGCUCUGUCUAACAAAUUGUGAAUUUAGUGAUGGAAAGCAUCGCGCUUCUGAGCUCAAACAUCCCCGUGGGAUGGAUGGCUGGGCCCUCUGCUGGGGUUUCUAAGGCUAAAGCCAGGCGCCGGAAGGCCAGCCUCUUCUCUGGGGCUAUGGGGGAGAGUUUGGGGGUCAGAGGAGGUGGGUUUCUGACGGUUUUAGGCCGAGGCCCGUGCCUCCGUGCCCGCUGUGGGCUAAGGCCUUCUCUCAGCAUCCUUUUACAUGCACGUCCAUCUUUGAUGGACGUGGGCUCCUUCUUGGGUUCCGGCUGGUCCUGACCCCCCCCCCCAUUUCCCUCAGAGGUAAAGUGCCCUGCUGCUGUUUUCAUGUGAAUCUCACCAUGUCGUCUAUUUAUUUUCAGGUUUUCUUAGUGUCUUUGCAAAGGCUUAGAAUCGGACCGUAGCUCAGGCGGCUCGGUCCUAUCUGCAUAUUCAAGCUUGUUUCUACCCCCAGAGAGUCUCGAGGCGGGAGCUGAGCCGCCAGCUGACGGAACAGACCUAGGACCAACCUCGUGUCUAUUCAGGAGAGAGAUAGGUGUGGGGUCCACUUGAUGCUUCCAGCCACAGUAAAAUUGCUCCCGAACCUUCGUGUUCCUGGUCCCUGGGAGAAUGAGGAGAGGAGGAGGAGGGCUCAGGAGAAGUCAGCAGAUCUUGUCCCAUAUUUGGUGUCUGCUUCUCCCAGACCAGCAAGGAAGGACCAUGAGCCAGUUAGGGGCAUGCUAAGCUUCCUAUAUAACUUAACACGGGGAAACCUGACCUCCAAAGGUGGUAAGAUCCAUCUCCUCUACACCUUUGCCAUAAUACUCUGUGCCAGGCACUCCAGAUUAAUCAGGACUGUGCUGUUCCAGGGGUCACUGUCAUUCAAAGACGUGGCUGUGGGCUUCACCCGUAAGGAAUGGCAGCAGCUGGACUCUGCACAGAGGACCCUGUACCGGGAGGUGAUGCUGGAGAACUACAGCCACCUGGUCUCCGUGGGCUGCCAAGUCACCAAGCCAGCUGUGAUCUCCAGGCUGGAGCAGGGGCAGGAACCAUGGAUGAAGGAGGAAGAGAUCCUCAGAUGGAGCGCCCCAGAAGUUUUGCAAGUUGAUUCCCCAGCAGGUAGACAAGUGGAACCCCGACCCAAACUGAAAAAACGAGCUGCUUUCCUAGGCAAGAAAAAACUGACCCUCAAAGGACACAGGGAACAUGAUACAGUUGGGAAAGAACCCUGUCCGAACACAAACGCGGCUCCUUCAAGACAAGAGGUCCCUAAGUGUGAGUCCUGUGGCACAGCCUUGCCUGGUCAUGCAGACAUAGCUCCUAGUGCGUACCUUGCAAGAAGGAGAUUUGAAUAUGAUGCACAGGGAAACUUAUUUCUCUAUUCUAAGCUGGAAACCCCACAACCUGGUGCCCAGCCCCGUGAAUGUAACCAGUGUAGAAAAGCUUCAAGCCGUGACCAAACCCUUCAGGCCGAUCAGGGAACCGACAGUCAUGAGAAACUCCACAAAUGUACCACAUGUGGGAAAGGCUUUUGCCACCAAUCUGAGCUCAUUACCCAUCAGAGAGUCCACGGAGACGAGAAAUCCUCUGAAGACAAGGAAGAGGAGGAAGACCUCAGCCAAUGUCCCAGCAGUCACCCGGAAGAGAAGCCUGGUGAAAACAGCAGCUGUGAUCAGAAGCUGUCCCAGGAGACAAACAUCUCCACCUCUGAGGCCGUUCUUGCUGGAGAGAAGCCUUUUAAGUGUUCGGACUGUGAGAAGAUCUUUUCGCACAAGUCCCGGCUCAUUGAGCACCACAGGUCCCACACAGGAGAGAAACCCUAUGGCUGUGAAGAGUGUGGGAAGUCUUUCUCCCGCAAGUCAUGCCUCAUCAUCCAUUACAGGAUCCACACGGGAGAGAAGCCCUACGGCUGCAGUGAAUGUGGGAAAUCCUUCUUCCAGAAGUCACACCUCAUCCUGCAUCAGAGGACGCACACAGGAGAGAAGCCCUACGAGUGCAGUGUAUGUGGGAAGUCUUUCUCCCAGAACUCCUGCCUCAUCAUCCACAAGAGAACUCACAUGGGCAAGAAGCCCUAUGAAUGCUCUGAUUGUGGGAAAACCUUCUCCCAGAAGGCAAACCUCAUCAGACACCACAGGAUUCACAGCAAGGAGAAACUGUAUGGGUAGCGGGAGAGGAGGUUUUCAUCAGGAAGUUGUAUCACAUCUAGGAAUGAAAACCUGUGGAUUUUGUGAGUGUGUAAAAUCCUUCAGCAAGAACUCCAGUGCCACUCCAGGCAGAGAUUCAUACCAAGGUGAAAUCUUACUAAUUUGGAGAAUUCGGAAAAGCUUAUUCUCUUAAAACUAAGGAUGGAAGGGUAGUGAUACUCUAGAGUGAUAUAUUUUUAUAGGAUAAACUAAAUAAUGAAAUGUAUCUAUGUCUACAUUAACUGUGGAUACUGAGCUCUGAAAUAAGUGAAUCAUUUAAACCAUUACAACAGAUCUAAUAAGCAACACAACAACCCCAGGGUGUACAGACGGGUUAUAUUCCCAAGGAUGCUAUUAAAAAAGAACUUUAUUUUGCUUACUUUUGAACUGCAUCUGUAGUUGAACAUAAUUAUGAAAUUGUAGACAUAGAUACCAUAAUAUAUAUAAUGACAUCUAUUAAGAGUUUCCACACUAAAUUACAGCCUUUUGCUUUUAUAUUAUACAUUAUAACUGGAAAAAUAUGAAUUUACUGCUCAACUAGAAGUCCAUACACCAUACCCCUUACCAUUUGGUUUUCUGUUUGCUGGCCAACUAUUAUAGCACCCCCCCACCUCCUGGAUCUGGAAACCAAAAGUUUCAUCACAUCUUCUGUUAUCUCUCAACUUGUUUAUAAGUUAUGUUAAAGGUGUAAGGUUGAGACUCCCUUUUCUGCCAAAUAAUGGACACCUAAAGUGAAAAAUGUUCCACUAUAAACAACUUGAAAUGAUGGACAAUAACAGAUUAACAUUCUUUGGAAUGCAUCAUUCAGCUUUCAGGAAAGUAAAUGUGGUUUCCAGCUUCCAGCUAGGAAGACGGAACUGAGAAGUGAGUUGAUGCUGGAAGCUGCCCUGUAGGUUUAAUUUUGUUUUCCCAGAAGCCUGGGUAUAAAAGACUACAGGCAGAAUGUUGUCACUGAAAUAACUCAUAAAUUCAGAAAUUUCCAAAGCCUGUACCUACAGGGAAAGGGUGGACCAGAGCAAAAUCUGCUCAUAUGCACAGGAAGCUCAUCUGUCUCUUCCUGGGCUCUGGGCAGGCAAGAGUUGACCCUCAUGAUUCAUCAGCCCUGACCUGCACCUCCUACAAGUCAGAAUCCUGAAUUUGCCCUAUUCAUGUCCUAGUUGAAAAACUGAACAAUUAACAAAGUAAUCUGUCCUGGUCUUUGAAGCAAAUGCAAAAUAUUCUUCGAGGAAGAUGCCCUCAACUCUGUGUUUCUCAGGAUUCUGACAUAGAAACACAAGAUGAGUUCAUGAUCCUCAGACACAAAAUAUGAGGAGCGUCAACAGACAUUUUAACAGAAUAGGAACCUCAGUUCUUUCAGGUAGUACAAAAACCUGAAAUUCUACAAAAAUGACUCUCUUAAAAAAAACAACAACAAUCAAAAAACUAAAACCAAAUGAAAGCAAAUAUACAAAGAAAGAUAACUUGCUUACUUGUCUCGAAAUGAAAUACAGAAUCACUGAAAUGUAAAGCUCAACAUUAAAAUAUUCAGCAUGUCUAACAGCAGGUUUACUCAGCAGAAGAAAACGUGAAGAGGAAGCCAGAGCUAAGCAAGUUCAAAGAAUUCAGGAUAUAGAGAGAUGGAAAAUGAAAGGACCAGUGAGAGAUGGGGAACUCCUGAAAGACCAAAAAGAAAAAAUAGAAGAGGAGUAACCAUUCAAAGACGUACUGGCUCCAGCUUGCAAAAGACAUGCAUCGUAACAGAUGGAGGCAGCACAAUAUAUGCUGUGCUGAAAAUAAAACAUAAAUUUACAUCUAAAUAUACUCACUGUAUAUCUGCUGAGAGUUUCGCUAAGCCGCCUUGUGGUGUUGCUGCCUUGUCGUCAAUCGUGUGAUGUGUGAUAGUUAAGUGGCUGUAGGGGACCUUAAGCUGACAACUGGCGCCUCGUGCAAGGACAUUGUACAGCCGCUCAACCACAAGCAAACGUGAGUCCCUGGUGUGACUUGCCCAGGGCCCUUGUGAUCAGCUAUCUCACCUGCCUCCCAGUGCCUAAGUGCUUUAAACACCCUUGCCAGGACCCCUGUGAGCUGACCAAAACCCUGCUCGCUCUUUGGGUUGGAACUGACCCAUCUGGUCCUAACGUAGGAACCCCAAAGCACUCCUCCCAUGGAUCCUAAUAAAAAGGCAGUCUGCCCUCUGCCUUGACCUCCUCUCUACGUGCUGUGUACUUGACAAAUAAUCUCUAUUUCUACGUGGCCUGGUGUUGAACCUACUCAUUGUCUUGGACCCCGUGCUCCAUUUCACAAGUGUUAAUUUAAUAGUUAAUUUAACUAUUCCCAGUUCCCAUGAGAACUGGGAAUAGGAUGGGAGCGAGUCUUGCACUUGGCUGGUGGAGAAAUGCCUUUUAGCCGUGAGGGGCUGGCUAACUGGCUCCCUUGGGUGGGGAGUUCUAUCUGGGGGGCCCCCCGCCUGCUGGUGUCGGUGGGCACAGCUUUGCAUAGAGGCUCCCACCCCUCCCAUCCCCAUGUGCAGGAUCUCAAAGCACUGCCCAGAAUCCUCCCUGGAGCACUGCUCUUGGGAGCUGGUUAGAGGGGUGACGGGUAUGUCCCCCACCUGGUACCACCAAGGGAAGGUGAACUCCCCUGGCAGAUAUUGGACUUGGGGUAUAUUUCCCAACUCCAAGCACAGACCCAGCUGUCGACUGUUAGGAGAACAAGCUAAAGUUUUCUCAAGGUCCUGCUGGGGCGGGUGAAGGCUAGGAUGCCCGAGGACCGACUCAUCAAAAUGCUCAGUGAUCCUGCCACCUCUGCAGUGGGGGGCGACCCUCAUCCUAGUUGAGGCUGAUUAGGACACCCGAGGGGAAGCAGCUGCCUGUGAGCCCAGCUGCAAACCCCUAGGAAUGUCCCGAAGGCCAAAUCAGUUCAGUGCGCAGGGGUAAGAGCAUUAGAGGCUGAAACUUGACAUUGCAUCGCUUCUUUGAAAGUUCUCGUGACAAGAAAACAGUCUGCCAACUAGGGGAACUGAUGGAUGUUGGCUUAUCGUGGUGAUCACUGUGCAGUGUGUGCCGAUGUUGAAUCAUUGUGUCGUAUACCUGGAAACCAAUGUGAUGUGAUGUGUCAGUUCUCUCUCAAUAAAUAAAUAAACUGAGACGUUACACA